AAGACGUGACGUGCAGUCCAUCAGGCCGAGGACAAAAAGGAAAUAAAAUCCCGUUUUGUAGGUCAGGUAUUUUGGGAAUAUGCCCGCUGCGCGCCACGUGCGUAAUGACGAGUGCGCCUGUAAAUAGAUGAAAUAAGGCGUCGAUACUUUGGAAUGAAAGAGAGCACACCAGCGUGGUGUCUCCUGACGGGGGUUAGGGAAAGGAAUUAAUCAUUUCACGCACCAACACCGGCACUUCAGUGCGCGCUUGUGCCACCUCCAGACGGCUCUCCAAGUCCAUGGAUAAAAAGAAACACGAGGCGGCAGAAUGGUUGUUGCAGGAGCGAGUAACGGGACUUUCGGCAGUGGCAACAUGAGGUCGUCGUUCAUGAUAGAGGACAUAGUCGGUGGCGGAGAUCCCGGGGGCUCCACUAACAUGAUGAUCUCCGAGACACAUUUUAGGGUUGUAUUCAUUUGGCUGUGUUUUUCUCUGUGUAGGUAUUUGGGUAUCACUAAGCCUCUGACUUAUCCUGUCCGGCAAAACGGCUGCUGCAUGGCCAAGAUGAUCCUGUCGGUGUGGCUCCUCUCUGCUUCCAUCACCCUCCCCCCUCUGUUCGGCUGGGCGCAGAACGUUAAUGACGGCAGGGUCUGUCUCAUCAGCCAGGACUUUGGAUACACUGUCUACUCUACAGCCGUGGCCUUCUACAUCCCCAUGUCGGUGAUGCUGAUCAUGUACUACAGGAUCUACCGAGCGGCCAAGCUCAGCGCAGCCAAGCACACCAUCACUGGCUUCCCCAGGGAAGGGGAGCACCGAGCAGUGGUGACUCUUCGCGGGGGGAGAGGAGGGCAUCAGCCAGCAGAGUCGGGAGAGACGGGAAGCGUCGAGGGGACGGAGGUCGAACAGGUGGAGGAAGCCGAGGAAGAGGAGAGCUUGGACUGCGUGGCAGCGGCGCUGAAGCUCCAGCGUGAGGUGGAGGAGGAGUGCAGCACGCGUGUCUCCCGCCUUCUCAAAACUGGCGAGCACCACCAACGGCGGAAGAGGAAAAACCAGUCCAUCUUCAAACGAGAGCAGAAGGCUGCAGCCACUCUGGGCAUCGUAGUUGGUGCCUUCACCUUCUGCUGGCUGCCGUUCUUCCUGGUGUCCACUGCCAGGCCGUUCGUCUGUGGCGUGCAGUGCAGCUGCGUGCCGCUCUGGCUGGAAAGGACUCUGUUGUGGCUCGGCUAUGCCAACUCCCUCAUUAAUCCUUUCAUUUAUGCAUUCUUCAACCGGGAUCUGAGAACCACCUACAGCAACCUCCUGCGCUGCCGCUACAGGAACAUCAAUCGGAAGUUGUCGGCGGCUGGCAUGCACGAGGCUCUAAAACUGGUGGAGAAACCAGACGCUGACGCGUAAAGCUGGAGGUCUGCCAAUCAGCAAGGCAGCAGAGACCAGUAUGGAAAAUAAUCAACUGGGGCUCAGACUGUGGCACGAGGCCAUUGUGCUGACGGACCUUUUUACCCUCCAGAUUUCAUGAGGAUUGCCAAGGCGAGAGGAGGAAAGAUGCUGCGAUUAAGUGGAUGUAAAGGAAGUCUAAGUGUUUCACUCUGGAGAAAACUGAGAGAAAACGGAGCUCAGUGGUGUUGAAUUCAUACUGUUUAAUUAGCGGCAUCUGUUGCAAUGAUUCUGAAGCCCACGAGGAAGGGCUACCUUGGUGGAUUUGAAACUGGCUGCUAUGUUGCUGAGAAGCCUUUUGAACAUGACAUUGAUGCAAAAGCAGGAGCUACACACCCAGACUUUGAUCUCAGCUCCUGUCAUGGAUGGAAAUGAUCUCACUCAGUAGCCAGUGACUUACAUUUCCAUUUCUGACCCCAGGAAAACUAACAAUGAGAAAAUAACGAACGACUCGGAGCUCAACCGCUACCAAAUGUGUUUACUUUGCAUCGCAGUUAUCACUUUUCUAAAACGUAGAGUGUUUCGUUGGUGAACAGGCGUAACAAGUGGACGCGGUAAUGAAUAAAAAGUAUGUAAAAAUGUAUGUACACAAGUCGAUAGCCACGCUGUUUUUGUAACAAAUGGUUCUGAUCUGUUGUAAUGAGGUGAUAUCGUUUGAAGAUGAGCCAAAACGUGCUCCCUUUCCUUCUACUCGUGUCAUGACCACCUCUUUAAUGAAAACUAUUUACUGAUCAUUUAUUUCUGUAAUAUGGCAGCUAAUUAACGAGCAAGCAAGGACUCUUAGGGACGAGAAAAUGACGUGAAAAUGAUGUCGACACGGAGCUGAAGGCGGAGUAGAGUGAAACAUCAUUGAAGACGCUUUCUGAAUGUGCCUGUGCCUUUUUCUGCUUUGUUGGCUAAGGUUUGGUUGCAGCACACAAGAGUCUCGCUUUACACUGUGUGCAACUUUAGCCUUGUUGUGCGUUACAUAACAAAAGAAAUGGCCAAUAAAAUGGGCAGUAUCCUCUCAAACACAGAUGAAUGAUGGGCAGACAGGAUCUAAUCUUUUGACAUGACACGCACCAAAAAUUAUUUUCACAGUUAAUUUAACAAUUGACUCAUUUUAGGACUAAAGUUCGGUCUCAAGUGGGUCUAAAACAGUAAAAUCACAGUUUCAUGUUCAAUCUACAGUCAUCAAAAAAAUACCCCGUGUACCAGUUUCAUUUUGAUAAAUUAUGUUUCCAUUCUUUAUAAUAUAUAAAAAUCUUAACAUUAAUAUAUUAUAUGGACAUCUUUUUAGGACAAAUCCAGGAUCAGGAUUUGUCCUGCUGCUGGGAAACACCUCUGACCCAUAACUGGCGUCUCCUUUGAAGUCAAAUAUUGUUUAACUCCAGCUGAUGCUCAAAACUCUAUGAGGUCAUAUUUUUCCAACUGGGCCCAGCUGGAAAUUAGAUCUCACGUCACAGAAAUUUCUUGUAAUUCAUCCAGCUGAACAGCAGGGGGCACCAGUGAGACAAUCCUCAAUGAGCAGCAGUGAAUGGAGCUAAACAAUUAAAAUCAUGAUUUAUGUUUGCUUCCAGGGAAUAAA